ACGCGCGAGGGAAGGAGAAUGGUAAAAGGGUGAGAGUGUGGUGACUAGAGAGGUUUUGACCACAGCAGCAAGCCAAGUCUGUCCUUUUUCGUUGGGGCUGUGGCUUUGGUAGCUUGCAAGUAUUACUGCCAUAAUCAAAAUCCAGCCCCAGAGAAGAGAGAGAGAGAGAGAGAGAGAGAGAGGAACAGAAGGUUUUGUUGGUCUUGACUGACUCCUCAGUUGUGCCUCCCUUUCUCUGUUCUGCCUUUUGGGCUUUGGGUUCUUACUUUCUUUAUCUGCUCCUACCUUUGCCUUUCGCCAUCAUCUUCAUAUCCUCCGUUUUUCUAACAGAUCCAACUCCAACUCACCCACCCUUCUCUUUCUAUCAAGCUGGUUCUGAUUUGCGGUUUGGAUUUUUGUUGAUUCACAGUUUGGUGAUCUAGGACUUAAAUGGGCUGGAGCUUCAGUAGUAAUCGGUAUUGGUGCUGUGGAUGUAUCAGUGGAAUUAACUAGGAUAUUUCAUUAAUAGUUUCAAACCAGUGUGAUUAAAUUCCUAGCUGUGGGAACUGAAGGAGCUUCUGGUUUUCCUCUAAUACUUCCGGUUUUGAAUUUCUGGACGCAAGGGCUACUCUUAGUUCUUGUAAAUAGCCCAAUUUCCUGGCUUUUGUAUGGAAUUUGUGAAUAACAAGUGAGUUAUAGUUUGUGCUCAUCAAUACGAUGGGUGGGAUUUGCUCGAGGCCGGGAAGAUCCACCGUGGAGGAUCUGACUGUAGAUAAUGCUCCUAGAGGAAGCUUUCCACACGCUAAUGGUCAUUCUAAUAAUGGGGCUGGAGUCUUUUUCCCCUCAAAAAUAAAUGGCCAUUUGACCCCAUCACCUGUUGGUGAAAGCGUGGAUAAACAGUUAGGAGGACCUUUUUCGUAUCAGGACACGCAUGUAGUUACAUAUGGACUGGAUCCGGAUGAUAUCAAUGACGGCAUACCACGCUUGUCUAGGGUGUUAUCACACAAAUCUAGAUCGACCAAGUCUAAGCAGGCAGCAGUGGCAAAGGUUUCAGAGGUGAGCUCACUUUUGGGCAGAGCUGGUACUGCUGGGCUUGGGAAGGCAGUAGAAGUUUUGGACACACUUGGUAGUAGCAUGACCAAUUUGAAUCUCAGCAGUGGUUUUACCUCAGGGGUGACAACAAAAGGGAAUAAAAUUUCAAUUUUGGCUUUUGAAGUUGCAAACACAAUUGUUAAGGGUGCCAAUCUAAUGCAAUCCCUUUCAAAGGAGAACAUCAAACAUUUAAAAGAGGUGGUACUUCCAUCUGAAGGGGUGCAAAACUUAAUUUCGAGAGAUAUGGAUGAGCUCCUGCGAAUUGCUGCAGUCGACAAGAGAGACGAAUUGAAAGUUUUCUCUGGAGAAGUGGUGCGUUUUGGAAAUCGUUGCAAAGAUCCUCAAUGGCACCAUUUGGAUCGCUAUUUUGAAAAGUUGGGUUCAGAACGUACCCCCCAAACGCAACUGAAGGAUGAAGCAGAGACUGUGAUGCAGCAAUUGAUGACUUUGGUUCAGAAUACGGCUGAAUUAUAUCAUGAGUUGCAUGCCUUAGACAGAUUUGAGCAGGAUUAUCGGCGUAAGCUUCAGGAAGAGGAUAACUCAAAUGCUGCUCAAAAAGGGGACAGCCUUGCAAUUUUAAGGGGAGAGUUGAAGAGUCAAAAGAAGCAUGUAAAAAGUUUAAAGAAAAAAUCUCUCUGGUCCAAGAUCUUGGAAGAGGUGAUGGAGAAACUUGUAGAAGUUGUCCAUUUCUUACACACGGAGAUUCAUGAAGCCUUUGGUAGUGCUGAUGAUGACAAGCUAGUGAAGGGUUGUCAUAGCAACCAUAAAAAAUUGGGGUCUGCUGGUCUUGCAUUGCAUUAUGCCAGUAUUAUUGCUCAAAUUGAUACAAUUGUGUCUCGAUCAAGUUCUGUACCUCCAAAUACAAGGGAUGCUUUAUAUCAAGGGCUACCGCCUGGCAUAAAGGCAUCGUUGCGGUCAAAAUUACAAUCAUUUCACGUUAAGGAAGAGCUUACUAUCCCACAAAUUAAAGCUGAGAUGGAGAAAACUUUACAGUGGCUUGUUCCUAUUGCCACUAACACAACAAAAGCUCACCAUGGCUUUGGGUGGGUUGGAGAAUGGGCAAAUACAGGGUCUGAGAUGAAUCGUAAACCUGCUGGCCAGACUGACUUGCUCAGGAUCGAAACAUUACACCAUGCAGAUAAGGAGAAAACUGAAACUUACAUUCUCGAACUAGUAGUAUGGCUUCACCAUCUGGUCAGCCAAGCUAGGGCUGGCAAUGGUGGAAUCAGGUCUCCUGUUAAAUCCCCAGUUCGCUCACCCAGCCAGAAGACAAUUCAGUUAUCUACAUACACACCCAACUCUCAAUCCCCUAUGUUGACGGUUGAAGACCAAGAGAUGCUCCGGGAUGUGAGUAAGCGGAAAUUGACACCUGGAAUAAGCAAGAGUCAGGAAUUUGAUACUGCAAAAACCAGGUUAAGCAAGCACCAUAGGCUGAGCAAGAGUAGCAACCACUCUCCAAUAAGUGAAAUUAAAAAGGAUCCAUUCCCGAUUAGGAGGCCAUUUUCUCUUCCUAUCAUCGACUUUGAUAUUGACCGGAUCAAGGCCUUGGAUGUCAUCGACCGAGUGGACACAAUGCGUGGUCUAUAAUUCUAUAUUACAUUUCAAGAUGCACCGCAAAGGAGACCUUGUGUUUGUGUAUUGGGUACAUCUGCUGCAUUUUCCAAUCUAGGGUGCUCUCAUCCAUUAUGCCAAGGGAAAAUCUCAUGUGAGUUACAAAUUAGAUGAUGAGUGAUAUAGGUCACCACUUUUUUGAAUGUGAAAAGUUAGGGUGAUAAUGAGUUGGUAAUUUAAUUGUUGUAGAGAUGGAACGUAUUAGUUCUAUAUGUACAGACUAGCAUUUUAUAAUAAUCAAAAUUUCAUGGUUCUGCUUC